CGCCGCUCGGGGAGGGAGCGCAGAGUGCCCGCUCGCCGCACCCGGACGGACCGCCCGACCGCCCGCCAGAGAGACAGACAGACCGACCGACCGACCGACCGACCGCCGUCGCCAUGUCCAAGCGCCACCGCCUCGAUCUGGGCGACGAUUACAGCUCCAGCAAGAAACGCACCACCGACGGGAAAGAUCGGGACCGGGACAGGGACCGAGAUGACCGCUCGAAAGAUCGUGACAGGGAUCGUGACAGAGAUAGAGAUCGUGACAGAGAAAGGGACAAGGAAAAAGAUCUGCGACCUACGUCUAACUCAACAUAUUAUGCAGCUGCUGGGUUACCAGCUAUAAAACCAGCAAUGAUUCCACACAGUAUUAACCCUUUCACAAAUCUACCACAUACCCCACGAUAUUAUGAUAUCCUGAAAAAAAGGCUACAACUUCCUGUCUGGGAAUAUAAAGAAAGAUUUACAGAUAUUUUGGUUAGGCAUCAGUCGUUUGUGCUGGUUGGAGAGACCGGGUCUGGUAAAACAACACAGAUCCCUCAGUGGUGCGUUGACUACAUGCGCUCAUUACCUGGCCCCAAGAGGGGAGUGGCGUGUACCCAGCCGCGGCGAGUGGCUGCGAUGAGCGUGGCACAGCGCGUUGCUGAUGAGAUGGAUGUCAUGCUGGGCCAGGAGGUUGGUUACUCCAUUCGCUUUGAAGAUUGCAGUAGUGCAAAAACCAUUUUGAAGUAUAUGACUGACGGUAUGUUACUUCGUGAAGCGAUGAACGAUCCUUUGCUGGAGCGCUAUGGUGUUAUAAUUCUUGAUGAGGCCCAUGAGAGAACACUGGCUACGGAUAUCUUGAUGGGAGUUUUGAAGGAAGUUGUAAGACAAAGAUCUGAUUUGAAGGUUAUAGUUAUGAGUGCUACUUUAGAUGCUGGCAAGUUUCAGAUCUAUUUUGAUAACUGUCCUCUUCUAACCAUCCCGGGUCGCACCCAUCCUGUGGAGAUAUUCUAUACUCCAGAACCUGAAAGGGACUACCUUGAGGCUGCCAUUCGAACAGUAAUACAAAUUCACAUGUGUGAAGAAGAAGAAGGAGAUCUCUUACUCUUUCUUACAGGACAAGAGGAGAUUGAUGAAGCCUGCAAGAGGAUAAAACGUGAAAUUGAUGACUUAGGUCCUGAAGUUGGUGACAUAAAAAUCAUUCCAUUGUAUUCCACCCUUCCUCCACAGCAGCAGCAAAGGAUAUUUGAACCUCCCCCACCAAAAAAACAAAACGGAGCAAUAGGAAGAAAGGUUGUGGUGUCCACUAACAUUGCUGAGACAUCAUUGACAAUAGAUGGCGUAGUGUUUGUGAUUGAUCCGGGCUUUGCAAAACAGAAGGUGUACAAUCCUCGUAUCAGAGUGGAGUCUUUGUUGGUGACUGCCAUCAGUAAAGCGUCUGCCCAGCAGCGAGCUGGCCGUGCUGGUCGUACUCGACCAGGCAAGUGCUUCAGGCUUUAUACAGAGAAAGCCUACAAAACUGAAAUGCAGGACAACACAUACCCUGAAAUUUUGAGGUCUAACUUAGGAUCUGUAGUAUUACAGCUCAAGAAGCUUGGUAUAGAUGAUUUGGUGCACUUUGAUUUUAUGGAUCCUCCAGCUCCUGAAACUCUGAUGAGAGCUUUAGAACUUUUGAAUUAUCUGGCUGCUUUAAAUGAUGAUGGAGACUUGACUGAGUUGGGAUCCAUGAUGGCUGAAUUUCCAUUGGACCCACAGCUGGCUAAAAUGGUUAUUGCAAGCUGUGACUACAACUGUUCUAAUGAGGUCCUAUCUAUUACUGCCAUGUUGUCAGUCCCACAGUGUUUUGUUCGCCCCACGGAAGCAAAGAAAGCAGCAGAUGAAGCCAAGAUGAGGUUUGCCCACAUAGAUGGAGAUCAUUUGACGUUGCUGAAUGUCUACCAUGCUUUCAAGCAAAAUCAUGAGUCGGUUCAGUGGUGUUAUGACAACUUCAUUAACUACAGGUCCCUGAUGUCUGCAGACAAUGUACGCCAACAGCUGUCACGAAUCAUGGAUAGAUUUAAUUUGCCUCGUAGAAGCACAGAUUUUACCAGCCGAGACUAUUACAUCAACAUAAGAAAGGCAUUAGUUACUGGGUAUUUCAUGCAGGUGGCACAUUUGGAGCGAACAGGGCAUUACUUAACAGUGAAAGAUAACCAGGUGGUGCAGUUGCAUCCCUCCACUGUUCUUGAUCACAAACCAGAAUGGGUGCUGUAUAAUGAGUUUGUCCUUACAACGAAGAAUUACAUCCGGACAUGUACAGACAUCAAGCCAGAAUGGCUGGUGAAAAUUGCCCCUCAAUAUUAUGACAUGAGCAAUUUUCCACAGUGCGAAGCAAAGAGACAGUUGGAUCGCAUCAUUGCCAAACUUCAGUCCAAGGAAUACUCACAGUACUGAAUUUAUGCUUUGAACUGAAGUUAUUCAGAGGACAGCUUUAAGAGAUGAAAGGAUUCAAAGUUCAAGUUGUGCUCUUCACUUUGGUUCAAUAAUGGCCUUUAUUUGAAAGCUUUUUAAUUUUUCUUUACAGUAAAUAUUCCAUUCUGAUUUCAUAAAUUAAACAUUUAUGCCUCCCUUUUGUGUUGACACUGUAGCUCAUACUGGAAAAGCUAAUCAAUGUUUUGCAGUUUAUUGAAAGUAGUUCUAUAUAUAACAAUGUUAUAAGCAUUUCUUUAGAAAUGGUUGAAAAUGCUUCUAAAAAUGUGAUUAUCGACCAUGGUAUGCAUGAUCGUUGUAAUUGUUGACAUUCCUUUUAGAAGUUGUGAAAUGUUACAACUUGUGCUUCUGUAGACACAAUCUUCGGCUUCAGUACAAGGGUACUGACUUCAAUAAAGUCUAUUUAUACUAAUUUUGUGCCACAGUAUGUCAGUAUUUCUAUUGUUUUGAUUGAAAUAUGAGAAGCCCAUUUAGUCUCCCAUUAAACUGCUGUUUGACAUGGCAGUAGUUAAAUAUUUUAAUAUUAAAAGUACAGGUGUUUAAGCAGCACAAUGAUGAUAUAAUGUGAUGCAUACAGUGUUGAUCCCUUGCAGACUUGUUAAAAUUAUUUAGGAAAACUCAAAAUGCAUGGAGAUGUGUUAGGAGAAUGCUUUCUUCCAACAUAGCCCAAAGUAUUUCUCAGACAGAACUGUAGUAGCGUGUCCUAUAAAGUGAAGUGUGUGUGGCCAGGUAAAAAUUGCCAUGCUGGGCAAUGAUCAGGUACUGUUUAGGAUCAAAACAAUAGCAUAAAUGACACUGUAGAUCAAAUCACACUGCACCGUUGUAAUUUUGUAGUGAUUUUUCAUGAAAUAUGAUUCGACAGCAUAAUCCCGUGAGGAAUUUAUAGUAAAAUUUGAUCACAAGGCUGCAGUACCCUUCUUAGGAGGACAGGCAGAGAAAGUUGCUAUUGUUCAGCCUGGAAAAAAGGAGGAGACCUUACUGUGGCCGUAAAAAAUACCUUUAGAGGUUUUAGAAGAACGAAUGAGGAUUUUUACCAGGGCCUUUGGUAAAAACAAUUGUUUUAACUCUGGUAGAGGGUAGAUGAAGAUUGGACGUAAGGAAGAAAUUAGUCACUGUGAAGGUGGUGUGGCACUGCAGCAGGUUGUGCAGGGAAGUUGUGGGUGCCCAAUCCCUAGAGAAUUCCAGGUCAAGUGGGAUGAGGCUUUGAGCAGCCUGGUCUAGUGGAAGGUGUCCUUGCUCAUGGCAGGAGGGUUGGAACUAGUAGAUGGUCUUUAACGUCUGGUUGAACCCAAGCCAUUCUGUCGUUUAAUGUAUUUAAUCAGAUUUCUGUUUUUCCCUCCCCCUGGAAUACACUGAGCUUUGGUCAGCUGUGCUGCUGUCAUACUGUGUAAUGCUGAAGCAAAAAUAGGUUAUGUUUACAGAGCUGGUAACUAACCUCAGACUAAUUUUAAGCACUGAUAUUUGGAGUAUCCUUUCCUAUUUAAAUCAUAGCAGUGGACUAUAAAAUUACUUGGAAUAAUUUGAGGAUUUUCUUCCAGUUCCAACUUUUUUUUUUUUUAAUUGCUACUUAUAUGGUGGGGAGUAGAGAAGUUUUGAAAACUUUGUUAGCAACUGAAAUAGUAAUAACGAAGAUGAAAAUGUCAGAAGAUUAACAUUUGAGUGGAUUUAUAAUACGCAGUGGCACUUGGGAGUCUGUCUCGGGUUUGCUAGGUGAGAAGGGAGUGUGAGAUGAGAUGAGUCUGGACUUUCCUGCCCUACCAAGUCAUUUUCUGUAGGAAGAAGGGAAAGAGCUUCACUGCAUAAAAUGUUGGACUGGAUUGUGUUUUCUGACUGCAGUUAGAAGAGGAUUUAAACAAAACGGGGAUUCUGAACUUCUUAAGCAACUUGAUUUCAAACUAGUAUUCCUGAACUUGCAAAUGUUGGUUUUGCAAAUUGCCGCUCUAGGAUGACUCAGGCCGGAUAUGUGGGGUUUCCUGAUGACUUGCUUUUCCUCUAUGUGGUGAGCAGAGGGGGCUGCUUUGUGCAAUGCUGAAAACCAGCUGCUCCCCAGGUAAGAAUUGCUGUAGUAUUUGUGUGCAUCCUUCAGCUGAAUGGUGUAGAACCACCUUCUGCAUGACUUUCCCUAGGUCUGGCAAGGGCCACAGACAGUUCUCCGCAUGAAACACCUUAGGGACCCCAGAACCAGCUGCCAUCAGCUGUUGUAGCUUGGGUCCUUGGGGAUGGGGGAGCAGAUGGCUACGGCUGUGAGUGGAACUUGACACAGGAAAGAUUUUGGCUUGUUUUUGGCGAUUUUCUUUUCCCUCGAAUUGUCAUACUCACAAGCUCAGCUUGGGCUGUGACAGCUGACCAGCUCUUUUACUCUGCUCUGCCUUUUCUACCAGGUAUGCAAAUACUACUGGCCAAACUCGUGUCCUCUGACAGCUGUGCAGCCCUGCCACCUUCCAAUUAAGCUGGUGACACCUGGGCUUAAUUGGAAGGCUGGUGAUGUCCCUGCUGUCACUGGGGUCAGAGCAGGCUGUGUGCCCCCACCCCUCCUGUGCGCAGUGGGAAACAACUUUCCUGCUGGGAUGCUGAUGGAAUCUGGGGGAUAAUGCUUUAGGGAGACGUGAAAGCCUUGACACCUGGGGAACCUACUGCAUUUGAUACUUGCAUGACACUUGUGUAUUCCUGAAAAAUGCCUCCCUUUAUUGAAGAGCUGACAAAGCAGUUGAAAUACUUGAGUUUAGGACUAAAGCCUUUUCUUAUAGGGGACUGUGUACUGUGUAUGGAAUUAUUCCUUUGCUAAGAAUUGAGUAGUGGAGAUUGGUCCUGGGGUCACAGUGGCUUUGUGCAGUCUUCUCUGCUCAGUACUGAUCUCAACUGAGGCCGUUCAAGGAUUCAGGGCAGAAACAACAGAUGCACUUAAAUCACUGUGGAUACCUUAAGAGUUACUGCAAAUCUCACUUUUGAUGUAAUUUUAGAGCCAAAUGGCAGUAGGAGGGGAGCUAGAUGUCUAAGGAUCACUAUAUGUCUCUGAAGGAGUAAUGACAGGGACAGCAGGGCUUCUUGGAGUAAGAUAUUUCCUGAGUCCUAAGGAAAACUAUCAGGAGCCACCUCCUUAGCUACUCUGUCUCAAGGGUACAGCGGAUGCAUGCAGAGGAGCUUGUGUUUGAGAGGAGCUCUAGGUUCUUCGAAGUUCAGUGUUGAUAGGUAAAACCUUGUUCCCUUUUUUCUGGUGGGAAAAAUGUCAAAAAAGGUUGCCUUUUUUUGGCAUUAAAAAAAACCCAAAAAAACAAAAGGAGACCGAGAAGGAUGCAUAGGAAUUAGACUGCGCUAUCUAUGAGUGUAAGGAGGUUACUGCCUCCCUCUUAAACAAGUUAAAAAUACUCAGACUUCUGCCCAUCAUCAGAGCUCUGGCUGCUUAAACGUACAUACUUACGCAGAAAGCAGUAAAUAAGGGGAAAAAUUGGAAUUAAGAGUUUGCUGGUGUUGAAAGAAAUUCAGCUUCUGUUUUGUUCUGUGAAAAGCCACAAGAAGACACUGGGGCUCUCUCUGUUGGUCUUUGGAGCGAGGGUUCCCUGCCCCCAGAAGCUGCAGCAUUUGCUGUUCUGCUGUGUUCCCUGUCUUACUGAAGCCAUUUUAGAGUCUUCAGACUGCUAGCCAAGGGUCUUCACAUGUUUUGGAGUAGAGAGGAACUGCUCCUUCAGAUUAACUGGCUAUCUGCUUUGGAACAAUCUAAAAGGAAAGUGGUGUGUUGUUUACUUAGAGUGAUCUUUUUUAUCAGAGACAUUCUGAUGGUUUUUUGAAAAUAUUUGGUUUGUAUAUAAUAAAUUGUUUAUAGUGUGGGACUUUUGAAAAUACAGAGUAUGGGUUAGAUGACAGGAAAACAGUACUAAGUGAAAGUAUAUUUUUUGAAAAAGGAAGUCUUCCGUCUUAAUUGUGCUGCUGUGUAAUACCUCAGAGCAGUAAAGGGCUAGUAUCAGUGUGAGGUAAUAACUGUAUUUAGGUUUGUUAGACACAGAAGUAGUUACUAAUGGCUAAGUACAUGUGGUUAGGUACAUAUCUUCCUUAUGGAGAUACAAAGAAGUGACCAGUUAAUACUGUGUUUAGCACUUAGAAUUUUUGUCAGGGAAUAGAAUAAAUGGAGACUCCAUGCUUUGCUGUGUCCUGAUGUCAUAAAAGCCCCUGAGCUCUUGCUUUUGGGAGAUCUGUAUGUACUGCGGUGCUGAAGACGGAUGCUGACAUUCCUUUAGGGUUCACGGGAAUGUCUUCAUUCUUUGUACCUGUGCCCAUUCAUGGAAGGUAGAGGGCAGCUGGCCUGGGCCAGCCUGGGUUGGUAUGUUCUGUAUCGCUUGGGUCAGUUUUGUCUGAUCACCACCUCCCUUUUUGGAUCAGGGCUUGUGACACAGCGUUGGUUUGUGACGUGUAACUUGCAGCCUGCACUGCUACACAGUGCAUACUGGAAACUGCUUGUUAUUUGCCAUAAGAAAUGCAGCUUAAAGCAAAAAUGCUGACAUUAGCUUUCACUAUUGUUUUAUUUGACAAGAUACCAUAGCAGAAGUCAAAAGGCAAAGAGUUUUCCUUCCAUCCAGUCCAGCUACCAUUAUUAAUUUAUAAUCAGAUUGCUCUAGUUCAUUUCUGAUAUUGUAUAGCAAUAAAAAGUCAUAGCACACCAUGACAGUAGAUAGCGGAGAGUUAUAUUCCUGAAGUACACAAAUUUAUUCACUAACUGUAGUUUGUGAAGAUUAGACAUUUAUCUUGGUUUUAGAACAGCUGAGGGUUUUAAUAAUAAACAUUUUACUAUUAGAAGUAUAAUCUUACUCUGGUAGUUUGUUGACCUUUCAAAAUUAUUUAACUUACUCUGAUAGUUUAUUGACCUAAAUUUAACUUCAUGACUAUGUAUGUGACAUUAGAUUUAUGUGAAGCAGAGGGAAAAAUUAUCUACUUGGUCAGCCCAGUUCAUUUUUCUACUAGUACCUCUGACACUGGUAGCUUUGUUUUGGGGUAUGUAUGCUUCCUGGAACUGUUCCUAGAAUUGGGCAUUGCUUUCCAGUAAUACAAAUGUCUCAGAUUUUUAAGCUUAAAACAGUCAGCUUUUAAACCAGAAUGAAACCAUUACGAGAGCAUUUGUCCCUCUCUUCACUUUUCCUUUCACAAAUGACCAACUUGGGCUGCCUUUUAAUUGGAACCGAUGUGUUUGAGAUAAGUGGUUAGCAUCAAGGAGAUCCAAGCUUCCACUAUCAAGGGAUUAAACUAAAUAUGGUAACAGCAGUAAAAUAACAUUCCUGUAGAAGUGAUAACAAGACUAGUUCUGCUGAUUGUAGGUGUUUGAUCUUGCAGUUUCAACUCAAAUAUAGUGGUUUCUCAGGAACACUGAAUGUAUAUUGGACAGAUGAUAAAAUAAUUUUCAUUUGUGUACGUCUCAGCUCUGAGUGGUUCUUCCAGCUGUGAAAGCUAUGCAGUAGUUUUGUUGUAUAGAAAAAUAAAACAGCACAAAUUAAUGCUGAUAAUAAAUAUUUCUUGUGGCUUUAAA